GAGGAUCGCCGAGCCGAGCCGUACACCGUGCAGCAGGCAGGCAGGCAGGCACAAGCCGCUGGGCGCGCAGGAGAAGCCGCAAACGCAUUUGAGCAGCCGCUAUACCUGAGACCGCGCGCAGAGAGCACAGGGCAGCCCGGGGAACUUGAGUGCACGAGGCCAGAGAUCCAAAAUGGGAGGCAAGCUCAGCAAAAAGAAGAAGGGCUACAACGUAAACGAUGACAAGGCCAAAGAAAAGGACGCCACAGCAGAGGGGGCCUCUGCCGAGGAGAGCGAAGCACCGAAGGACAACAAAGACGAGGCCCCGGCUGCUACCGACACUAAGGAGGUAGCAAACGACACGGCGGCCAAGGAGGCGCCGGCAGCAGACGCCGCAGCGCCCAAAGAGGAGGAAAAGAACGCCACUCCCGCCGCAAAGGAGCCCGAGAAGCCUGCCGCCAACGCCGAGCCCAAGACAGAGGCGCCCAAGAGCGCAGAGCCCGCCAAGGCCGAGGAGAAACCAGCCGCCGCUGCGGCCCCGGCCAAAGAAUCGGACCCCGCCGCCAAGGAACCCGAAGCUAAAGCUGCGGCACCUGCCCCGGCAGCUGAGAGCAAAGAUGAGGCCGACGCCAAAAAGACUGAGGCCCCCGCGGCACCAGCAGCCAAAGCCGAGGCGGCCCCCGCUGCCUCCCCUGACCCCAAGCCCACAGAGGCGGCGGCGGCGGCAGCUCCCGCGCCAGCAAAGGAGGCCGCCGCAGCCCCUAGUUCGACACCAGCCGCCGAGCCUCCCGCCAAGGAGGCGAACGCCACAGAGGCGCCAAGCAAGGAUCAAACCGUAGCAGUUCAAGAUUAAUGGACAGCUUCUUUUCGGAAAUGAAAAAAAAAUUUAAAAAAGUACCUAACUCAACGACGAUGAAGAUUAAAAAAAAAAGAAAAAAAA